GAGUAUGACCCGAAUGAAAUCAAAUGGUGAUAAAAAGACCACGUGCAUGGAUAGUUGACUGCACCUGAUCGCGGUCCUUCAUAGUUGCCUUUGAUUUGAUUACUUUGUUGAGACGGUAAUUGUCCAUCCAUACAUCCUUCCCUCAUGUUCUUUCCGCCUCCAAUCGGAGAAGAAGAAGUCACCGCCGCUAACGUAACCACCUUCUCAACUGAACAAUCAUGGCGUUACAAAUGGCACCUGGCUCCUCCAAGGUUAUCAUCCUCGUUGGAGCCGGUUUAGCUAGUACUAUUGUUUUGAAUGGUGGCCAAUUGUCUACUGUCCUUGCACAGCUUCAGGAAGUGCUCAAGGGUGUUGAUGAUCAGGUUAAGAUUUCAACUGCUGGAUAUGAUACCGCGGUUAUUGCUGCUCAGGUUCGGCAACUGGCACAAGAAAUUAGGGAGUUGUCCUUGUCUAGGCCUAUUACUAUCUACAAUGACCGUUCUUCUAGCGGGGGUCUUGCUUCUUACUUACUACCUGCUGCUGCAAUAGGAGCUGCGGGAUAUUGUUACAUGCGCUGGAGGGAUUGGUCAUUUUCUGAUUUAAUGUUUGCGACAAAGAAGAAUCUGGCUAAUGCGGUUGCAUCUGUGUCAAAGCAACUAGAGAAUGUACAUGAAACAUUGGCGACAACAAAAAGGCAUCUAACAAAGAGGUUGGAAGGUCUUGACUCGAAGAUAGAAGAGCAGAAUGAGUUAGGCCAACAUAUUUCAAACGAUGUGAAUGAAGUGAAGGCAGACCUUUCUCAGAUUGGUAGUGAUGUUGAACUUAUAAAUCAAUUUAUAUUUGGGCUGGAAGAGAAGCUCAAGCUUGCCGAAGACAAACAGAACCUUACUAACUCAAAUAUCUGGUAUAUUGGCCAAUUUGUUGACGAAAUUAGCAAUGGGUCAAAUGGUAGAGCUUACAAGGGACUUGCAGAACUUACAAUGGCGCUUGAGGAGAAAGCCCCUAAGGGGCUGCAAUUCAUUGCUGAAAAACCAGACACCGAUGAGAGCUCACCCAUAAUAACAAAGAAAGUCGGUCUCAACUUUUCAGAUGAGAAACUAUCUGUUUCUAAAUCAAGAGUGCACAGGGCAUAUUCUGUUGGCAAUUCUGUGAGCAAGGGCAUUACUGGUUUGACGUUUGAUUAACCUUUUGCUUCAAAUUACAGAGAUCAGCCUGCAAUGAUCAGUCGAAGUUUAUUUAAAGAAAUUUGUUAAAACCGCCAGAAAAUCUCAGGCACAAAAGGGAGAACCAUCGGUUCCGUGUUCAUGAAUUCACGUCUCUUGUAUAUGCAACUUGGAGACUGAAUUGUACUUAAUUUUUUGUAUACUUUAUUGUCAAUUGUGUUUACAAUGGAUUUGCAUUUUUCUUCA